GCGCGUCCAGUACACAAUCUGUUUGGUAAUUUGUUAUUAUCAUCAAUAAUAAUAUUAUAGAUUCCGUCGUUAUCGUGAAGCGGACUUACGCGAUUGUGCAUUGUGGGCCAGGCAGCGCACCAUUAAGGCGGGAAUCUUAGCGGCCUUGGCAAAGGUCCUUCCCAAAACUUUUCCCGGGCAGCAUUAAAAUGAGGAUUUCAUUUUAUUAUCCGUCAUAUUUUGUUCCCUCAAGACAGAAACUAGGCCUUCUAGGUCCCCUUCCCCUCUUCCCCAAUUGUCCCGUCAACGGCUUCACAGCUGACACUAAGCCAGACUUGAGACAAAUCCGCAUAUUUACCGCGUGCGUACGAAAAGACGCACGCCUUUCUCUGUGUCUUUCCGUAUAUUCCGUAAUUGACUUAUUUUUGAGAAAGAGGAGUGUGUAUUCUGUACGCAUUGCAAUCAUACCAAAAAGAGAUCGAUUUAGAUUAAGCCUAAAGAGAGCGAGACUCGCGCUUUCAGAGCCUCCAGAUCCGUAUCGCUGCCUAGCCGCAGCUCCCAAGAUUCUCCCGCGAGAUCAGAUCAGGCAACACAGAGUUAGUCCCCUACCAAAUACGCAAGCUAGUCGCCGCAGCCUUGCUGCUAAAUUCCGACUUCCGGUUCCCCUCUCUGCGCGCCUUCCAAAAAACCUGUCUACUCUGCUAUUUACCAUUUUUUGCAAUUUUUCUCAUCCUCGUGUUCUCGUGGGCUUUCCCUUUUCUUUUUAUUCAUUUGGUCUGGCAUUCGUAAUUAUUUUGAGUCAUCGUGCUCCGACAGGCUUGUUGGGCAACUGGAGAAGGCAUGCGGUUCGCCUGUAUCUCUCGAUUGAUGAUGAUGAUAAAUCUCUGUUUUAAGUCCGUUGCAACAACUAGGUUAUGACAGAUGUAUCUCUCGAUUUCAAACAAGAAGCCGAAGGUUUAAUUCUUCAGCUCGAUAUUCGUGUACUGCAGACUGCUUUGCUUACAUUCUCUGACUUAGAUCUGCGACUUGUUUAUAGAAAAUUCGAUAAUGAUAGCAAACUGUUUGUCUCAAGUUACUCAAUGUUGUCG